AUGGGUCCGAUUCGGCCGCCUCCGCCUUCAGUGCUGGGGGCUGCGGAGGCCGCAGCCAUGGGGUUGGGAGAGGGGUCCUUGGCCCCCAGAGUCAGUUGUCUCCUGCCCACCGGGCCGGGGGCCCGGCUUCUGCAGCUGCCUCGGGGUGUCUCCGACUCUCGCGCCGGGCGGGCCGCAGCCUCCAAGCGAGACCUGGAAGGUGAGCGAGGCGAGAAGGGAGGCGGAGCUGUGCCGAGGAGUAGUAAGUGUUGCUGGUGUGGUUGGUCAGAAGCUCUCUCAGCCGCGGUGACGGCGCUCCGGGCGGGUGGGCUGGUCGCUGUCCCCACGGACACACUGUACGGCGUGGCCUGCUCAGCCUGCUGCUCAGCGGCCCUCGGGGCAGUGUACAGCCUCAAGGGCCGCAGCCAGACCAAGCCGCUGGCUGUGUGCCUGGGCCGUGUGGCGGACAUCUACAGAUAUUGCCACGUGAGGGUCCCUCGAGAGCUCUUGGAAGACCUGCUCCCUGGUCCUGUGACCCUGGUGAUGGAACGCUCGGGAGAGCUCAACAAGGACCUGAAUCCUUUCACCCCUCUUGUAGGAAUUCGGAUACCUGAUCAUGCCUUCAUGAGAGACUUGGCUCAGGCGUUCUCAGGACCCCUCGCCCUCACCAGUGCCAACAUUAGCUCCCAGCCAAGUUCCUUGAAUGUUAAGGAGUUCCAGGAUCUCUGGCCUCAGUUGUCCUUAGUCAUUGAUGGGGGACCAAUUGGAGAUGUAAAAAGUCCGGAAUGUCGACUUGGCUCCACUGUGGUGGACUUGUCAGUUCCUGGAAAAUACAGAAUUAUUCGGCCAGGCUGUGCACUGACACAGACUGCAGCCAUCCUCCAGAAGAAGUACCGCUUGGUCCCCUCAGAAGAAUCUUGCUCAUGAAAAGGGGGAAAUUACAAAGUCUGAAGCUAGGCACUGUGUGUCUGUCAGUUGGUGUGACCUUGUUUAAUGAGGUCAUUGAAGCCACUUCUACAGGCUUAACUUUUUUCAAGUCUUGGAGGUUCCAGGGGUACCUUGGACUGUGCUUGUCUGAACUUAAAGACAAAUUUUUUCCAUUGGUUUGACAGAAAAAAGAGACACUUUUACAUUCAGUAUUUGUUUUGUAAGUUCCUGAACGUGGCCUUGUUCCAACAUUGGAAUGAAUGGUUUACUUUUUGAGAAAGUGGUCCAAGUGCUUGCUUCUCUUUCCUCCAAAGGUUUGAAAUCUGGAGAGCUUUCCCAUCUGGGUCCCUGGCUGGUGGCAUGGGCAAGGGGCUUAUAACUGUUAAUACUAAUACCAAGUGACCAAGGCUUGGGUUGUUUUUUUUUUUUUUUUUUUUUUUUUCUACUAAGGUUGUAACAAGAAAAUAAAAUCUCAAAAGGUGUUGGAUAUGCCCAUUACUUCUUGGGGCAGUACCUGAUAUGGGCUGCUGUGCAGAGGGUUAUAUGGGAUGUUGAUGGACUGCUAAAAGCAUGGGCACAUAGGGAGACAGGGCUUUUCUCUCUUUGGAGCCUGCAGAAUUAGCUAAAAUAUGACUCUUGUCCUGGGGUUUAACCAGUUAUUAACAUUGCAUUCGCAUUGCUAUCCCUUCCCUUUCUCUAAUCAAG